ACUACACGUUUUAUUAUUAUACCGCAGUAGUGCGUCGGGUAACGUGGUAGGUAGGCAUUGUACGCACCUAACUUCAUAUCGUACGUCCUAUAUAUGAUACAACUACAUUCGUGCCGGCGGCCUGCUUCUGUGCGAGCGGCAAUAAACGAUUUGUAUACUCGUCGGGGCGCGGACGCGCGCACGCGUGUUUGGUGUCGACGUGUCGCGGGCGAGUUAUUUUCGUACGGGUGCACAAAAUUCACCACCGAUAACAUAAAAAAAAAAAAAAACAAAUUUGUAUUAUUUUACUGCUAUUAUAUUUAAAGUCGUCCGAGCGUCUUGCGUGCCGCCGUAACAUACCGUUGUUUCGAUAGCACCUGUAUUAUGUUUUGUCGUGUCGUGUGUACGAUUAACUACGUUGACAGACCGCGACAAUAAUUUAUCAUUCGAACCAUCAUUUCGACGUGAUGUCGAUUUUUUUUCGCCAAACGAUUUAGCCGAUUUUUCGAAAUCCGUAUGAUUAUAUUUACCUAUCAAACGUUAAAAUAUGUAUCAGUGCGGGACUUAUCCGCCCGCACUCGGAUAUCACCACCAAUCGCCCAGCUGGCCGUCACAAUUUUAUCCACCGCACAAGGAUGAAUUUCAUCCGUUCAUAGAGGCGUUGCUUCCCAAUGUCAAAGCAUUCUCAUACACGUGGUUCAACCUGCAAGCCGCCAAACGCAAGUAUUUCAAAAAACACGAGAAACGGAUGUCGCUCGAAGAGGAGAGACGGUGCAAAGAAGAGCUGAUGAACGAAAAACCCGAGGUGAAACAGAAAUGGGCGUCUCGGCUUUUAGGAAAGCUUCGGAAAGACAUAACUCAGGAGUGCCGGGAGGAUUUUGUGCUGAGCAUAACUGGCAAAAAACCGGCCAUGUGCGUGCUGUCCAAUCCCGACCAAAAGGGCAAAAUGCGGCGCAUCGAUUGUCUCCGACAAGCCGAUAAGGUAUGGAGGCUGGAUCUCGUCAUGGUGAUACUGUUCAAGGCGAUCCCUCUCGAAAGCACAGAUGGAGAACGGUUAGAAAAGUCGCCGGAAUGCACACACCCCAGCUUGUGCGUGAAUCCUUACCACAUCAACGUGUCCGUCCGUGAGUUGGACCUGUACUUAGCCAAUUACAUCAAUAGUCACGAAGUCUUAAGUGGAAUAUAUGACAACAACAAUGAAAAAGGCUAUUCGCACAACCCCUAUAACGGUGUGGUAUGCAACGAUAACAUUUUAGCGACCGGAGUUUUUUCGUCCAAAGAACUUUGGAGGCUUUCCAAAGCGUCUAUAAUUCAGAAUCCAAACGGUAUGCCACCCAUGAACAUUAUCAAAAUCGAAAACCCAGGGUAUUAUUGCAGCAGCUUCACCCCGCCAGGCGACCACUCAUCCAUCAUGGCAUCUGGCAGUUACAGCCCGAUGUCGAUCCAGAGGACACAAAGCCCAUUAAACGAGCCCAGAAUCAAAAGAAUGCGGAGAAUGAGCUCCGCGGAAGAUACAGAAAUCGAUUUAGGUGGUCAGAGGGAUAAAUCCAGUUCAGAGAUCACAUAUUAUGGCCAAAGUCCAGCAUCCCUAUCUAGUCAAACCAGUUGGCACUCUGACAUCGAUCAUGGUAUUCCUGGCCAACACUCAGGAAGUAUAGCGUCCUUAGCGUCUGCCAACUAUUACGGUUCCGCGACGUCGGGACCAGAACAACACAGUCCAGCCAAGUACCCGGAGAACGGGCAUGAUACGCUUUCGGACUUUGUCACAUUUGUAUGUCAAGAAGCGGAGAGUUCUCAAGGCGCACAGGCGGGACCCACGCGGAGUCCAAAAAUGGCACAAUAUUAUCCGAGCACCAUGCUACCACCUCCCCCUCCACCACCUAUGGCGCGGCCAGUAGCUAUCAUUCGAUCUACAGGUGAGCUGACCAUUGCUCCGUCCAACUCGCCACCGACUUCCAACACGCCACCGAUGGGCGGCGGAGGUGGCGGUGAUGGAUCGCCGGGUGGCGGAAGAGAUUCCGAUCAAAGUCCGCCGCCGAUGAGCGGUCAACUUUCCGAGUCACAACUGUCCGGUGGCGGCCGAAGCGUAGUGACCGGCGGCAGCCCGUUUUCCGUGUCUGCCAACCGCGAUUACCAUUUCUCGCACAUACAACACGGCCAGUUGUUCAGUUAUUCGAACAUCGGCACUGUGAACACGGUAACCGGAGUGAUAAGCCCCACAAACCUGAGCCUUCUAUCCAACCCGGGCGGCAGUCCAUCGUCGUCUUCGGGCGGUGGCAACGGUGGCGGCGGCGGUAGGUCUCGUGGACAUUCGCAAACGACGUUACCGCGGUGGAAUACGCAGUGUUCGUCCGGACCACCGUUCAUCACACUCGACGAGGACUACAUGAUGACGCCACUGAUGUCCGGCAACGGCGGACAAGUCAAUGGCGCCACACUGAUUGACGAUGGCAAAUACUUUAACAGCGUAGUCCACCAGACGGACGGCAUGGAUAGGAUGGACACAAGUGAAUCUCAACACAUCCAAUCGUCGAAUUCAGGUGGUCGUAACACCCCGAACUCGGUUGACGGACAAGACAACAUAAGCAAAUCGCAGACGUAGCCAAUACAUUUAUGGAAAUCGGAUAUUCUUAUUAUAUAAUAUAGGCAAUUCAUUCUAGUUAAUUAUAUUAUAAUUAUUAUUAUUAUUAUUAUUAUUAUUAUUAUUACGAUUAUUAUGGACAUUUUCAUACGUGUAAAAUAAAUAUCUUAUAUUACAAUUUAAAUAAACUUAAAACAAAAUAAUACUGAAUGAACAACUUUAUUGUUAGUUUAUAUAGUCAAUAAGGAUAAUUUAUAAAAUAAAGUUUAAUGUUUUAUUGUUUUUUUAAGUAAUGAACACAGUUAUAUUAAUUAAAUCCAUUGUUUUUUAACUAGGCUA